AAAGGAGAUAUUAUUACCUCUCCCCUCCCUGGACAGAAAGGUGAUCCGGGAUUUCCAGGUCCACCCGGAAUUCCAGGCUCUGCAGGUCCCUCUGGUGUAGAUGGUCCAGUUGGUCCUCCUGGACCCCCAGGUUUGACGGGUCCUCCUGGUCCCCCUGGAUUGCCGGGUCCUAAGGGCAAUAUGGGCUUGAAUUUCCAAGGACCCAAAGGAGAAAAAGGUGAACAGGGACUUCAAGGACCCCCAGGGCCACCAGGACAGAUUGGCGAACAGAAGAGAAUCAAUGAUGUAGAAUUUCAAAAAGGAGAUCAGGGUGAUACAGGUGACCCGGGCCCCCCAGGAUCCCCAGGGUCUCCCGGGCCUCCUGGCCCUCCUGGCGGUGGAAAAGGUGAAAAAGGUGAGCAAGGAGAACCAGGCAAAAGAGUAAGUAACUUCUUAGAACCCAAUAUUUACCUUUCCAAACCAUUUGAUCGGCUUUGUGAGCGAGGACCUCCUGGCCCUCAAGGAAAGGGCGGAGAACAAGGUUUUCCGGGGGAAAGAGGCCAGAAAGGAUACAAUAACUGUACUUAUGCUGUGUCCUUGUUCAUGCUUAAAUUGGCCUCUAGAAGCCUGGUGCUCUCUAG